AUGAAAGAUGAAGAUAGAUAAGGUUAUGUAAAGAUAAAAUUCAACUACCUGUUUGAUGGAUAUUUUUCUUUUCUGAACUUCUAAUUAAGUUUAUUAUUACUAUAAAUAUGUCGUGGAUUAUAGAUAAUUCAUUAACGGUUUUCCAAAAAUUUUGUAUAAACGUGUUGAAAUGUGGACCCGUCCCUAAACACAUAGCUUUUAUAAUGGAUGGAAAUCGACGAUAUGCGAAAAAAACAAAAGUAGAAAAAACCGAAGGACACUCCAAAGGUUUUGAAAAACUGGCAGAAUGUCUACAGUGGUGCAAAGAGUUGGGGGUAAAGGAAGUAACUGUUUAUGCUUUCAGUAUAGAAAACUUUAAACGUAGUGAGGAUGAGGUAAAUGCAUUAAUGCAAUUGGCUAAGGAAAAGUUUCAGAAACUAUUGGAAGAGAAAGACAAAUUAAUGACGAAUGGUGUUUGUAUAAGAGUAAUAGGUAACUUGUCAUUACUACCUCCCGACUUCAGAAAACUCAUAGCAGAAGCAGUGUUAUCAACAAAAGAUAAUAAAAAAGCAAUAUUAAAUGUUGCGUUUUCAUAUACCUCAAGAGACGAAAUAGCUACUAGUAUGAAAGAAAUUGUAGGAGGUGUAGAUAAUCACGAAAUAAAUGUAGAAGAUAUCGAUGAAAACUUAAUAUCACAAUGUUUGUACACCAAUCAAAGCCCAGACCCAGAAGUAUUAGUUCGGACAUCUGGAGAAGUUAGACUUAGUGAUUUUCUUCUGUGGCAGACUUCAAACACCGAGAUUUGUUUCGCAAAAGUUUUGUGGCCAGAGUUUUGUGUUUGGCAUUUACUGGCUUGUGUUUUUAAAUAUCAAAGAUGUUACAGUGACUUACAAAAAUAUGAUUUGCAAAAGGAGGUGUGCUGUGAAAGGAAUAGUAGAGUUACAUCAUUUUUGGAAAAUUUGCAACAGAGGCGAUUUGAGCAGUUAGAAACGUAUGCCAAGUCGUGUUAAAACUUAGUGUUGUGUGCAACUAAAAAAAAAAGACAUUAAAUAAAAUGUAUGAUUAUUAUUCUGUUUCCUGUAUUUACAGAUUGUGUCAUUUUUAAAACGGGGUUUAUAUGUGGGUAUAUGUAAAUAUGUAGGCAAGUUAAGUAGUAAAUAAGACUUCUUAAUGUUUACAAUGAACUGUUAAAAAAGUAUAUCGUUAUAGAAAUUAUUUAAUAAAAUUUUAAAAAUAAAUUUUUUAUA